AUGCAUGUGUUUCUAAACGGUCUGUUGCUGGUAGCCGCCGGCACCACAGCUGCGACGGCUAGCCCGAGUCUGAGAGCGAUCUCACCAACUGUCCUCAUGGCAAGGACUCCAGAGUGCUCAAUGCCAUGUCUUCUCAAGGCACUCCAAGCAGGAAGAUGCGCGAAUGGCCCAAUAGCAGACUGCGUCUGCACGGAUAUGACCCUACAAUCCUAUGCAUCGACAUGCGUGCAGAUGUCCUGCGACUUUAGCGAACAAAUCGUUGCUGCCCAGUUUUUGCACGAGCUGUGCCAAGGUUACCCGAUCCCCGAAGAACGCCGCGAGUUCUGCAGAAUGUUCUUCAUCGUCCUCCCUAUAAUUACAGCCAUAGUCGUCUCUCUCAGAUUUGUCGCAAGAUGGAUAGGCAACGUAAAGUUUUGGUGGGAUGACUGGACAGCGUUGGUGGCUUUGAUCUUCCUACUACCUACUGUCGGCUGUAGCGUUGCUCAUGUCGAGCUUGGUUUUGGCCUCCACUACUGGCACGUUGAGCCGGGGAACGCAAAGCCCAUUCUUCAGGCGUGUAUCUCCGUAAUUACUGUUUGCAAAACAGUUACUGAUUUUGCUGUAAAGCUUUUCUACGCAACGCAAAUCUUUUAUGUGAUGAAGCAGGUUGCGGCUAAAGCUUCCAUCUGCGCUUUAUACCUACGAAUCUUUACGAUUUCUUGGCACCGUGUGGUUGUAAUAGGUCUCCUGGUGUCACUGGUCUUUCAACAUUUCCUUUUCAUAUUCCUAGUACUAUUCCAAUGCAUGCCGAUACAGAUGAUAUGGGAUCGGUCGGUUGCAGGCCGUUGUCUUAAUAUCACUGCCAUUGGCUACGCAGGGGGUGCUCUUACCAUCACAUACGAUGUGAUCCUUAUCAUCUUACCGAUCCCGGAGCUCUGGAAACUGAAUCUUGAGAGACGGAAGAAGUUGGUCCCCAUUUUGAUGUUGGCCUUGGGAUCUAUUGCAUGCGUCGCAAGCAUGAUUCGUCUAAGAUAUUUGAUCUCAUUCGCCAAUACUUUUGAUGCGACCUGGGACAACGUCGAAGUUGUCAUCUGGUCCACUCUCGAGAUCAAUCUGGCCAUGGUUUGUGGCAGCCUUCCCACGUUACGGCCACUGAUCAGAAAGACUGGGAUCUUGAUCAAAUCAUUCAGGCCUCGCAAAGUAAUGAAGCAAUUUGAAGAGCCCCAAGAUCAGACAAGGUUGGCGGGGUCUGGCCAAUUUCGUGGCUAUGACCCUUCAUUUUAUUUGGCAGAUGAUCCGCGCACUCCGCAAGAACUGAAGGAAUUUUUUUGCCGCUCUAUUGCCGAUAAACAAGACUGCAUUUGA